AUGAAGAACAAUGACGCCCGGACGCGUGUUCAGUCGUCGACGUUCUUGAAUCUGGCCCCUGAUUGGGCCUCCGACGAUUGUACAGCGGUGCCCGCCGGUAGCUCGGGUCUUUGUGGUGAAACCGCUGGCGGGAAGGACAUGGGGAGGCAGCUGGGGGAGGCGGCUCCCCCCAUGACGCGGAAGGCGGUGGCGGAG